CUUGCUUUAUAAUCGAAAACUAGUUAUCUAUUAUCACACCGAGGCCGAGAUAUGUAUCCGAUAGGUUUGGCGCUAAUGGAAGGAAUGUCCGGAUCGUGAUGUACUCUUUCCGUAUCUUUCGUAUCUUUUUUGUAUUAAUCAUUCAAGACACUUUUUAAACUCUUAUCACUUACUUUAACUCUUACGACUUCAACUUUAUAAUUAUAUUUCUUGUAAAUAGAUUUAGUUGAUUGUCGAGUAAGUCUUGGAAUAGUGUUCUUUGUUGGGUUGCAACUGAGGAAGAACCCGACACCCCCCCUCGGCAUAGACAUGCUCUGUCUUAAGGGUACUUGGUAUUAAGCGGAAGAUACAUUUAUAAGCCAGUCGGAUAGAUUACAACAUCCUAAACCCGAAUCACAACAUUUCUUCCCUCUUACCGAUACGAUGAAAUCGUUUACGAGGUUACCACACGGCCUUCUUUUGUUGUGCUUAUCUGUCGCACCUUCAAUAGCAAUACCACAAAAUAUUCAGUAUGUCCUAAGUCAACAGUCGAGUUCGGGGAAGCGAGGUGCUGUCGCGAGUGAAAGUAAAGUGUGUAGUCAAAUCGGCAUCGACCUCCUUGCUCAAGGUGGGAAUGCUGUCGAUGCUUUCGUCGGGACGCAAUUAUGUGUGGGCGUGAUCGGAAUGUACCACUCGGGGCUUGGUGGUGGUGGAUUCGCUCUCGUACGGGAUAGCACGGGCAACUAUACCGUCAUUGACUAUCGCGAAAGUGCACCUGCAACAGCAUAUGAAGAUAUGUAUAAGGGCAACAUAGUAGGGAGCGUUUUUGGUGGCCUUUCCGUUGGUGUACCCGGUGAAUUGAGAGGUCUUGAGUACGCGCACAAGACUUACGGAAAAUUACCAUGGAAGAAUGUUGUGCAACCCGCUGCCGCCGUGGCCCGCGACGGAUUCACCGUUACGGAAGAUACGGUACGAUAUAUGGGAUACGGGCGGAAAGUAAUUGGAUAUAAUUUCCUGGUAGACGAUCCCUCGUGGGCUCAAGAUUUUGCUCCCAAUGGAACGUUAGUGAAAUUAGGCGAGACGAUGACGAGGAAGCGUUAUGCUGAUACCUUGAAGAAGGUAGCCGAGCAUGGCGCCGAUGUAUUCUAUACCGGUCCGAUGGCCGAGGCGACCAUUAGAUACAUCCAAGAGAACAAUGGCACCAUGACCAUGAAGGAUAUGUCAAGUUACAAGGCUGUCAUCCGCGACCCUGUCAGCAUUUCGUAUCGUGGGUAUAAGCUGUUCUCAUCAGGCGUACCCAGCAGUGGUGCUGUCUGCCUCAGUACUCUCAAGACAAUGGAAGGCUACGAUGCGGCUGAUCUCGCUUCCGACACAAACCUCACGUUACACCGCUUCGACGAAUCAAUGCGCUUCGCAUAUGGCGCACACCAGGCUCUUGGCGACCCAGCAUACGUUGACGAUAUGUCUCGCCUCGAAGCCGCAAUGCUAGACUCAGCCCAUGCAGCCUCGAUCCGAAACCGCAUCCGCGACGACCGAACCCAACCCGUCGAGAACUACGACCCACAGCAUGUAUACGCACCUUCUAGCCACGGGACCUCGCAUAUCUCAACAGCCGAUGCUGAGGGUUUUGCCGUCUCUUCGACUACGACAGUUAACUUGCUGUUUGGUAGUCUACUCAUGGUCCCCGAGACCGGCGUCGUGCUCAACGACGAAAUGAACGAUUUCUCAAUCCCAGGUAUACACAACGAAUUCGGAUACGCUCCCUCCCCAGCGAACUACGUGCGACCUGGCAAACGUCCCCUGUCCUCCAUCACACCCGUCAUCGUCGAGCGUCCCAACCCCGCCUCUAAAAGCGGCACAUCCAUCCUAGCAGCCGUAGUAGGAGCCGCAGGUGGUUCGCGUAUCAUCAGCUCUACCACGCAAGUUGUAUGGAACAUGCUAGAGCGUGGUCUAAGCGUUAAAAAUGCAGUCGCGGAGCCCCGGUUCCACGAUCAACUUAUGCCGAACGUGGUGACUUUUGAGUAUACGUUUGAUAAUAGUACCGUAGCGGCAAUGAAGGAGAGAGGUCAUGAUGUCGUGUGGGUGCGCGAGGGAUUUAGCGCGGUCCAGGCGAUUCGACUCAAAGAAGAAGAUGGCAUUUUUGAGGCUGCGGGCGAGAGGAGGCAGGGGAGUAGUGGGGGGUUGGUAUUGUAGAUUUUUGGUUGUACAUAUUUGCUUGUUGGCCGGUCGGCAGGGCUAGAGGUUCGGUGUACACGAGGUUGAACAAAGAGUGUGUAUAGAGUUACAUUAUUAUGAAUAUGAAGUGUACGAGAUCCAAAUAUAUCAACCUAACGAUACAGAUGGGGGAGAAGUCAAAAUCAACUUGGCUCUAGCGCCCGUAGUUGGUAUUGAGUACCUAAGGUGUGUUGGUGUGACCAAGCAAUUUGGUAAAGCAAAAAUCGCACGGCCAAGGCAAGGUGGCGCAGUACCUGGGUACACAAGAUCGCCAUCUAGCUCGUAUGCAGGGCGUGUGAAUAAUUAUUCAUUUUUAUGUCUACAUCAAGUGUCA